GAGUGCGCGGCCUCGGCUAACCACGGACAACCUCGGGAGUCCGCCAGUUCGCCGCUCGUGCUCGCGUGCUCCUUGUCAACUUUUUAUGGAUAGGAUUCUCCCUCUGCUCCGCGACGCAACGAUGUGUAUGCAUGAAUGUGUGUAUGUGCGUACGUAGGUUUUAUGGUUUGCGAAACAGCCGUGCGCGGCGCUAAGAGUCAAUGCUUUAUACUUGUUACGUUCAUGGCGUAUUCGCUUCACUAUUAGGAUUAUCUUUGCUCCUUUCUACGAAAUCGAAUGACGAGUGACGUGACGAGUCAAUAAACGAAACGCGUGUUUGUGGAAUGUGCUAGUCGUUUAAAUAAAUUCUUAUACAGUAUUGUUGUAACUUAUACACGUUCAAAAUGAAUAGCUCGAUAGAUCCAAGACGGCCGGAUAAAGAGGUUCGCUACAAGCCACCAGGUUCAAAUAAUCAAACGCACAUGCAGGAUGACAUGACUCCGGAAUACAUGAACGUUAUAGGAAUGAUUUUCAGCAUGUGUGGUUUAAUGAUGAGAUUGAAAUGGUGCUCCUGGGUGGCGCUCUAUUGCUCCUGCAUCAGUUUCGCUAAUACACGAGUUAGUGAAGAUGCCAAACAAAUCCUCAGCUGCUUCAUGCUAUCGAUAUCGGCAGUAGUGAUGUCCUAUUUGCAAAAUCCACAGCCCAUGAUACCACCGUGGGCGAGUGCCAUGCAAUGAAUUUUUUAAAAAUGUAUGUUUUGCUUACUUUGUUAACAAUUGAUCUCUAUUUUAUAUAUGUGAGUGCAAAAAA